CUGCAGGGAUUGUGCAGCCAGCAAACCCCGGAUUAGUCUUUUGGUGUGCCGUCAAAAGGAAGAAAUCGCAGCCAGUGCGCAAUAAAGGCGAAGGAAAUGCCCUGCCACAGAAAAAGUAAAUCCAAGCAGGUGACGAUUGUAUGAAUAUAAAUCGGCCAGCCGGAGCUAGCGGUCGAUCAAUUGCAACCCAAAGUAAAGCUCUCUCUGUCGCUUUCACCCUCCAGGCCAGACCAGUAAUUAGGAAGCCCAAGCCAUGCACAGCAGGACGAGGGCAGGAACCGGACCGCACUGCGGAUCUGGAAGCAUUAGCAACGGAGCUUGGGCGUCAAGUGUCCAAGAUGUCUGCCGUCGCCACGUCUGCAGCGCAACUUUCAACGCCACCCAGGGUAUCGUCCAAGUAUCGAUUUGAGGGGACUCAGGGAUGAUCGGAAUGGAGGAGAUUAAGGAGAGAGACGGGGGAAAAUUAAAGGAGAGGGAAAAAAGAAGCGAGAGAGGAAGGAGGAGAAGGAGAGUCGUGCCACUGCUACCUCAGUGGAGAGGAAUGGAAUAUGUUUC